ACCGGGCGGCAGCGGGCGCUCGCUCGCUUCCCGCUCCCCGCACACCGCCGCCGGGAGCGCUUCCCCCGGCUCCGCCGCCGCGGGCGCUCAUGGAACAGCGGGGCGGGCGCUGCCCCACGGCUCCGCGUCCCGGCGCAGAGUUUCUGUUCGAGAAAUACACAUCCACUCAGCAGAACAAAAACAACUUUUAAAGGUUGUUCUCGGUGGAAAUCACUCUAUGCCCCAUUACCUGCUUGAGUGAAACCAGACUAAGAACUUCUGUCAUGGCAGCUUUUCUGCUGGGAGCUGUGUUGCUUAUUGUUCAACCUCAGAUAGUGCCUUCCAGACCGGCUAUAAAUUCGAAGGCUGAGACUUCUUCUCAGUCUGCUCAGAGAGAGCUUUUAAAGAAAACUUCUCCAAAAACUGACUUCAAGGAAAACAUUCAUUCUAAUGGAUCAUGCCAGCAGCUGCCACAGACUAUCAUCAUUGGAGUGAGAAAAGGUGGAACAAGAGCUUUGUUAGAGAUGUUGAGUCUCCAUCCAGAUAUUGCGGCAGCAGAAAGUGAAGUUCACUUCUUUGACUGGGAAGAUCAUUACAGAAAUGGAUUGCAGUGGUAUGUGAAUCAAAUGCCAUUCUCUUAUCCCCAUCAGAUCACCGUGGAAAAAACUCCAGCAUAUUUCACAUCACCUAAAGUGCCUGAAAGAGUUUAUAACAUGAACCAAUCAAUGAGACUACUCCUUAUUUUAAGAGACCCAAGCGAGAGAGUGCUAUCAGAUUACACCCAAGUGUUCUACAAUCACAUGCAGAAGCACAAGCCCUACCCAUCCAUUGAACAAUUCCUGGUUAAAGACGGUGAACUCAAUGUGGACUACAAGGCAAUAAACAGAAGCUUAUACUACAUCCACAUGCAAAACUGGCUGAAGUAUUUUCCUCUUGAUCAUAUCCACAUUGUAGAUGGGGAUAAACUAAUCAAAGACCCCUUCCCAGAAAUAGAGAAGGUAGAGAGAUUUUUGAAGUUGUCGCCACAGAUAAAUGCUUCAAACUUUUAUUUCAAUAAAACUAAAGGCUUCUACUGCCUAAGGGACAGUGGUAGAGAGCGCUGUUUACAUGAGUCAAAAGGACGAGCACACCCACAGGUAGACACCUGGUUACUCCAGAAACUGCAUGAAUAUUUCCACGAACCCAACAAGAAAUUUUUUAAGCUCGUGGGCAGAACAUUUGACUGGCACUCAUUCAUGGCGAGUUAGUGGUGAGACUCAGAGCCUAUGUUCCAGUGUACAUUGAGAAAUUUUACAAAGGGCAUUUAAGCUAUAAUUUAUUUGUAAAAAUCCAUAGAUACUUCUGUACAGUAUUAGAUUCACAAUUGCCAUAUAUACUAGUUAUAUUUUUCUACUUGUUAAAUUUGAAAGCAUUUUUGUAUUGUUUUUCAUGGUUGUUAACAUUGUGUAUGAUGUGUCUAUAUGAAAGAAACUAAAUUAUUUCACUGCAGAAGAUGCUGUCUUGAGAAUGCAUUGUCUUUUUAAUGAGUAAAAAGUUCAUUUCAACAGAACCCUUCAGAAUUAUUUGAGUACUUUGGCCUUUCUGUACUAAUUUGGAUUUCCUCCUCUAAUUGCUAAUGAAUACUCUAAACUAUAUAUUCCCAUUUUUCCUUCUUUAAAAUGAGGUUCAAUAAUUUCUUUUUCACUUGAAAACAUUGUUGUACUUAGCAAAUUGUUCCGUCCUGCAUUAUGAAAGUAUUUCCUGGUAACGUGGUGGUGCUAACACAUGUUGGGACAUGCUCACCCAAAGGACAAUGAAAAUCCGUGUGUAAUAUGGCACAUUAAUUGCUGUAGUUACCUUCAUAUUUACUGUUAUAACAAGUGCUCCUCAAAUUCUUUGGCAGUACAGUGCAGGUUUCGUGGCAGAUUUUAAAGAUUCUGUGGGGACCAGCUCAUAAAACCCAGCUAGCUGCAGAAAUAUGGUCAACCUGAAAACUUCCUACAGUCUUGGAAUGUAUAUAUGCUUCACAAAGGAGGAGGGUUGAAAGAAGAAUUUAAGCAAUAUAGUGUCAUUUUCAAGGUUGCUUAUGACUGUUCCUACAUUUUAAGGCACGUUUAUGCUUUGCCAUCACUGAAAAUGAACACUUGCAUCAGAAAAAAAUAGUUGGUCUGCAUUCCAAUUAGCAACACCUUCAAUCAUAUAAAUAUUAUCAUACUUGUACCCCAUUUAAUGCUGUUUUCUAUGAACUGAGCAGAUGCUUCAUGCAACUGAAAAUUGCCCAUGGACUACUACUCAUUUAAUCUCCUUCCAAGAACCAUGAUGCCAAGUCUUGAUUAGACGUGUGUUUUGGGAUUAACCCCAGUUCCAGGAACUUUUAUGGUCUUCCAUCUGCUAAAAAUGGAAGUUAGAUAUUAGUACAUAGGUAACAGUUACAGCUCUCCUUGUCUGCAGUAGUUAUGAUGUCUUAUUAGCCAUCAGUUCCUGGAGUUAAGAGUUUAUCCUGUUUCCACACAAGACUUACUCUGGUACUUUCAUUGUGAGCUCCUACUUUUAAUUUUAUGAUCUUGAGUUCAGCUGUUAAACAUGCAGUGGGCAACACCUUGUAAAUUUGAACUUGUAACUGGUUGUUACAGUCCUUUAUAAAAUUUAAAUGUAGAUUCAUUAAUUUUUUUUUUCUGGUGAGAUGGUGCAAACUUGGGCACUACAACAAGGUUCCAUCUGGAUGCAAAUAUCCCUUAUUGUGCUCUUUGCAUGAAAAUUUGCAGAUGCUGCCCCUCUCUCCCCUUCUCCUUGUGUACCUGCCCAAGCUGUAUUCAGCCUCAGAGAGGUUGGUGGCGUUUUAUAGAGCAGACCUUUGACAAAAGCCUACAAUGAAAUGGUAUUGUACUCAAUAAAAUAUUUUCUGAAUUGCA